AUGGUUCGAGAUGGUCUUGUCCAUAUUGGCAAGCUUGAGUUUCUUUCCUGCAUAGGCAAUGUGCGGGAUCAGGCAUUUAAAGAGAGUACAAUACGCUCUGCAUUCAAGAAAACUGGAAUCUGUCCCUUCAAUCCACAACUAGUCCUCGAAAUCUUAGCCGCUCGCCAACCCCAGAGUACGCCGUCUCCUCCGUCCACUGGGUUACAAUCCUCACCAUUUGGCACUCCGGUGACGCUUCGUCAAAUGAAUAAGGUGGCUGAUAAGGUCACCAAGGUAAUCAAGGAAGAUGAGGAUCUUGACCCUGAUCUUCGUUACGAAAUGAGUCGCUUUAUCAGAGGAUCGCUAUCUUUGGCUACGGAACUGAUACAAACCAAGAGAGAUUUAGGGAGGACCAAAAUGGCCGAGCACCUUGCACAACAACGUAAGGCUUUGAAGAAUACUCCAUUACAGUCGGGAGGGGUGUUAACAGUGGCACAGGGCCGUGAAAUGGUGAGACAGAGAGAGGAAGAGCAGCUGGCCAAGGCGAGGAAGAUAGUCGAGGUCGCAGAGUUGAAGGCGCUCAACGCGCGCAGGCGCGUAUUUGAAGAAGCAGCAAAAAAAGCCCGUAAAUGGAGGGUUUCUGAAAGACUGGAAAGAGCAGAAGUAGUGGAUUCUGAAGGUGGCGGGCGGCUGUUGAAGCGAUUCUAA